AGAUAGAUAGGUCCAUGAGACCAAGCUGGGAGAUUUUUUCCUAUUUUUUAAACAUUUCACCAUGGAUCUUUGGAAGAGUUAUGCAUUUUUGGAGAUACUGCUGAUAAAUUGCUGCAUUGUUUCAUUAAGUCAUGGAAUCAAGGAAAAUGAGCCGAUGGUCAUCCAGAGUUUGAAUAUUGACUGCAGAAUAACAUCUCGCUUUGCUCGCACCAUCAUAAAAACUGAACUUCAGAAUCAGCUUAAUAUGUCUCGGGAGGCUGUGUUUGAUGUGGAAUUGCCUAAAACUGCCUUCAUCACCAACUUCAGCAUGACUGUUGGUGGUGUCACAACCAAUGGGAUGGUGAAGGAGAAGGCCGAAGCAAAGAUGCAGUUCCAAAAAGCAGUAUCCAAGGGACAAAGCGCUGGUUUGGUUCAGUCUACAGGAAGGAAAAUGGAACAUUUUAAAGUCACAGUGAAUGUUGCUGCCUUUGCAAAUGCGAUAUUUGUACUGACUUAUGAAGAGCUACUGAAACGAUAUCUUGGGAAUUAUGAAUUAUCUUUCAAAGUUAAACCUAAACAGCUUAUAGAAAACUUCCAGAUCAAUGCACACCUUGUAGAGCCUCAAGGGAUUCGCUUUUUAGAAGCACACGGCACAUUCAUCACUAAUGAAUUAACUGAUGUAGUCCAAAUAAAUCGCACAGAGAAACAGGCCCAAAUCACAUUCAAGCCAACGAUGGAUCAGCAACGUACAUGUCCUGAAUGCACAGAAACACUGCUUGAUGGGAACUUUUUGAUAAAAUAUGAUGUUAAGAGGGAAAAUUCAGCUGGGAACAUUCAGAUUGCCAAUGGAUACUUUGUGCAUUACUUUGCUCCUGCCAGCCUUCAAAAAGUGCCAAAGAAUGUUGUCUUUGUUAUUGAUCACAGUGGGUCAAUGCAUGGGCAGAAAAUUAAGCAGACAUACGAAGCCUUCUUAAAAAUCCUGGCAGAUCUACCAGAAGAAGAUCAUUUUGGAAUUUUAAUAUUCGAUGAUAAGGUGGAUAAGUGGCAGAAUACCCUUGUUAAAGCAGUGCCUGAAAAUAUAAUAAAGGCAAAAGAAUUUGUCUCCAAGAUUUCGGCAAGAGGAGGCACAGAUAUAGAUAAGGCCUUGCUUACUGCAGUGAAAAUGCUCAAACAUAGCUCAAGGAGUAAACUUUUACCCAAAAUAAGCACUUCCAUAAUAUUAUUCCUCUCAGAUGGAGAGCCAACAUCUGGAGUCACUAACCACAAUGAAAUAAUCAAUAAUGUUAAAAAAACCAUUGAGAGACAGACCACACUGUACUGUUUGGGAUUUGGUAAUGAUGUUGACUUUAAUUUUCUGGAGAAACUGUCUUUGGAAAAUGGUGGAUUAGCGAGGCGGAUAUAUGAAGACUCGGAUGCUGCCCUGCAGUUACAGGGUUUCUAUAAUGAAGUUGCAAACCCAUUGCUUCUGAAUGUUCAGCUCGAGUACCUGGAUAAUUCGGUAUCGAAUUUGACCCAGAACAACUUUAGACAUUAUUACCAAGGUUCUGAAAUUGUUGUUGCCGGACACAUAAACAAUGAUAUUCUGGAGCGUUUAACAACAGAAGUAGUUGGACAGGGGGUUUCAGAGCAGUUUUCAAUGAAUGUAGAAACAAAUAUAACAGAAGUAGAAGAAGCUACCAAGGAACUGCAUUACAUAUUUGGAGACUUUACAGAAAGACUAUGGGCUUACCUCACCAUUGAGCAGCUGCUAACACAACAGAUUUUGGCACAGGGGGAAAACAAAGAAAAGAUCACCAAACAAGCCUUGGAAUUAUCUCUCAAGUACAAUUUUGUGACUCCAAUAACCUCCAUGGUAGUUACUGCCCCUGAGGACAAUGAUGAAAAUAAGGAAUUUAUUGCAAAUAAACCAAAGGAAGGAGCUAUGAAUGAUUAUGAUACAGAGUCAAGUGCUAAAACGUUGGAUUUACAUUAUUUUGUUUACAGUGAUUUUGAUGAUGAUCAAUCAUCAUUCGAUAACCCUCCAGCUUUGAUGGAAAGAACGGAUCACUUUCAACCUAUACUGGCCAAGCACAUUCAAUCACAUGUAAAUAUGCGAAUACUGGCAACGCACAUUCCAUCACAAGUAUUUAAACGAAUACUGGCAACGCACAUUCCAUCACAAGUAUUUAAACCAUCUCCCAUUGUCGAUCCACAAAUUACCAUGAUAUAUUCUUCUUGGAACAUGUGUCUUGAAAUUUCUGAUGCACAAAAUGAUAUUUUGAAUUUGCUACAUGAUGAAAAAGCAGGUAUUAUCCUCAAUGGUGUAAUGACAAAAGAGAAUAGGUUUAACAGAUUUGGUAUUAUAAAUAAGAAGAGUAACUUAACAGUGGAUGUUUCAGUGGAAAACAUUACAGUAACUCAUGAUGAAGAUGUAAAAACAUAUCUGUGGACUUCUUCUUUUCAAGAGGAUGGGUUUGUGAAUUUAAAUGGGGAGAUAUUAACUGUAACACUGGACAGAAAUGCUUUGAUUGUGAUUUCACAUAAGACGCAGUAUCUCACAUUUGUGGCACAAAACAACUUGGUUUUAAAUGAGAUAAGUGGACAAAUCGGACCAUUGUUCGGUGAUGUUAAGCUUCAUGAGGGCACAAGAGAAAUUGCGGUACAGGGAAAACACUUUGUGGGUAAUAGUGAAAUGUUUUGCAGCGUGGUAUCAAGUGGGGAUUUUUGUGGAUCAUGUUGGAAAGUCAGUUUUAAAUCCAAUCAAUUAACCAACGGGACCAGCGUCAGCAUUUUGAAUAUUUUCGAUAGUCCUCAUGAAAAACCUCUUGAGACAAACUGACCAACUUAAGCAAUUGUAAUUUUUCCACAUUUGUACUAUAUUUACCUUUCAAUGGAAAAAUCUUAUUUCCAAUCUGAAAACUAUGGUAUCAGAAGUGCAUCUUGAAGUGUUACAUUCUUACUGUAUUUUCCUUUAUUAAAAUAAUUAUCAUUA